AUGGCUUUGAUUGUUGAGCACCUGGAAAGCCACCAUCUGCUGCAAGGCGCAGCUGUAGCCUUGCUCUUGGUCUUGGUGUCGAGCUUCUAUGGGGCUGUCAUCAGCAGUUUCCCCUACAAGAACAUCCCCUUAAUUGGAAAGAGUCAGUGGGAGUUGUCGAACAGCAAAGCCAAGCAGCGGUUUGUGACAUCUGCGAAGGAGCUCAUUGCGGAGGGGUUCAGUCAGGGCCUGAAGGUCUUCCAAGUGAUCUCGAACUCCAAUUCAACCAUCAUUCUCCACCCCAGUUUCGUGGAUGAAGUGAAGAACAAUCCCGAUCUCAGCUUCGACGAAGCGACCAAACUGACCUUUUUUGGGACCAAGAUCCCCGGCUUUGAGGUUUUUGAGCGGGUAGAGCCUGUCCAAUUGGACGUGAUCAAUAAGCGUCUAACCCAUGCCCUUGGUCAACUUGUGGCUCCUCUAUCGAAGGAGACUAGCACUGUAUUGCAAGAACGGCUAUCCAAGAGCGACACAUGGACCCCACUCAACUUCGCCACGGAGAUCCCAUAUAUAGUCGCUCGGUUGUCGACUCUUGCGUUCCUGGGCGCGAGAAUCUGUCGGGACGAGCACUGGCUCAACGUGUCCGUCAAUUUCACUAUCGACUCGUUCACCGGGGCGCGCGAUCUUAAAUCCUGGCCAUCGGUGCUUCAGCCAUUCGUGCACUGGUUCCUACCUUCAGUCCAGGGAGUGCGCAAAUAUAUGCGCAUUGCGUCAACUAUCGUCGACCAGGAAAUCGAAAGGCGGAGACUCAUUCGAGAGGGUCGGCUGCCUGCAGAGAACCCGCCCCGGAGUCACGAAGACACAUUGGACUGGUUUCAUGAGCUUGCAGAGGGACGCCCGUUCCACAUGACGCGGGCCCAGAUAGGACUGACUCUCGCAGCUAUCCACACGACGUCCAACCUCCUGACGAAUGUUAUGUACGACCUGGCGGCGCACCCCGAAUACAUGCAGCUCCUUCGCGACGAGAUCCAGACGGUCAUCAACGAGGAUGGCGGGACUCUGAAAAAGACCAGCUUGACGAAGAUGAAGAAGAUGGAUAGCGUGAUGAAAGAAAGCCAGCGGAUGAACCCCACCGGAGUUGCCUUACUCAACCGCGUCGCGAUGAAAGAAGUCUCUCUAUCGGACGGCACCCGUAUCCCCAAGGGGGCUAACCUGCUCGUCUCUACCCACAACCUCCAAGACGAGAGCAUCUACUCGUCCCCCGGCGUCUACGAUGGGCUACGCUUCUACCGGUGGCGCCAGUCGCCCGGCAACGAGCACCGGUUCCAAUUCGUGACGACCAGCGCGGACCACUACGCCUUCGGGCACGGAAUGCACGCCUGUCCCGGUCGGUUCUUCGCGGCCAACGAGAUCAAGAUCUUGCUGGUGCAUCUGUUGCUGCGAUACGACUGGAUGUUCGAGGAUCGGACCGUGAGGCCGCCGAACUUUAUGCAUGGGAUGGAGUCGAUAUGUGACCCGACCGUGCGAAUGUUGUUCAAGUCCCGGGAGCCGGAGCUUGAUCUAUCCAAGUUGGAAUAG